GAAAAGAAAGUCUGGGUACCCUGGUUGAGGUUAUAGUUAAAUGUUUUUUUAUGUACGUGUACAAAGAAUUGCCAAUUUACUAUGCUAGGAAAAUAUUCUUUAAUCUUAUCCAGUCAAGGUGCACCAGUUAUUGCUAAAACUAAGUAUAUAUUCAAAUAUGAAAAAAAAAGAAAGUUCCCAUGACAGAAGAAGACAAAGAAAAUUGCAAUUUGUUUAUCGAGUGUCCUACGAUGAACGACAAUUCAAUAACACUUGUUGAUACACAUGAUGAUAAAAAAAUACUUAAAAAAAAAAAUCAACCAAAAUUAUCAAAAAGAAUAAGAAUACUAAGUACUCUUAGUAUCGAAUCAAAAGUAAAGAAGAAAGAUUUGAAAUCAAAUUUAAAUGCAGCCAAAAAACAUUUCGCUGCACUAAGAAAAACAACUACCAUCCACCAAAAGGCAGUGAUAAGCAAGGCUGAUGAUUACUACAAGAGCUUACAUAAGCUGCCACUGAAACAUAGUGAAAUUGUGGAAAGUGAUGAGGAAUCAGAUUUCUCCGUUGAUAGUGGGCCGCCAUCAGAAGAACAACGAUCACUACAAAAAACGUCAUCAUCAACAACAGAGAGAAUAUCAUUAUCAUCAGAUAGAAUACUGCCAUCAUCACUAGAAAAAACACCACCAUCAUUACCAGAGAUAACGCCGACUUUAGAAACUGUCGAAACUAUACCAUUUUCACCAGAGAGAUCACCAGAGAGAUCAUCAGAGAGAUCACCAGAGAGAUCACCAGAGAGAUCACCAACACUACAAGAUCAAACUACAAAUCCACAAACAUCUCCAGAAAUAACAGAAAAAUCUCCGAGAACAGCAGAUAGAGUUCCAACAACAGGAGAUGGAUCUCCAAGAACAACAAAUAGACAUGCAUCAACCGGUCAUGGCUUGUCACCCCGAGUUCACGAUUCUAAAAAAAUGAAAGCAAAUCUUAUCCUUGAGAAAUUCAAUAAAAUCUCUGAAUGUAUGUUGAAUAUUUCAAACCGACUGGAAGCUGUUGAGUCUAAACUUGCUGAAAAUAACAACAACAAUAAUAAUCGAAUUAAUAAUAAUAAUAAUAAUAAUAAUAAUAAUAAUAAUAAUCAUAAUGAUGUAGAGAACGAAUUCAUUUUGAUCCCGGAUUCAAACAGACAGGUUGAGAUAAUGCCCGGAUUCAAGAUGAAUUACACUGAGUGUGCCAAUGCAUGCAAUGCCCCGAGGAUGUCUACGCGAGCCCGAAGAAUUAUUUUAAGUGUAUGGCCGAUAGAACGUCGUCAGAAAUUAAUUUUACGACCGGAUAAAAGACGACCUGACUGGUAACUUCUGCAAGAGUCGGAUGUUUUACAAAUAUUAAAUUUAUGUUUAGCCAUGCAAAAAAUUAGAAAAUUAAACAAUACUGAUAGAAAUAACGCUGCUUUAAAUAUGAGGCAGUGGAUCAGCGACACUUUAAAAAAUGAUCGUUUCUCGAAAAAUAAGGAUACUGAGGAACACGAUUCAAUCAACUCAGAUUGUUAAUUUUAAAAUUUAUCGUA